AUGGCACCCACCAGCAUCACGAGUACCCUGAACAUGGGCAACUCAGUCAAAAUUCCCCAGAUCGGAUUUGGGGUCUACCAGUCCCUAAAAGAUACUUGCGUGAAAUCCUGCCUUACUGCUCUCGAGCUGGGCUAUCGCCACGUCGACACCGCGCAGUACUACGGGAACGAGGAGGAGGUGGGCCAGGCCAUCCAGAAAUCAGGCCUUCCCCGCAAGGACGUCUUUCUGACGACCAAGAUCCUCACGGCAGGUGGCUCCGUCGACAAGAGCUACGAGAGCUGCGUGAGGAGCGUGAAGAAGCUCGACCCAUCGCCAGGCGAGGCUGGGUACGCCGACUUAUUCCUCAUACACAACGCGGCCUUUGGCGCGGCCAAGAGAAAGGAGGUCUGGCUCGCGCUCGAAAAGCUCUACAAUGAAGGGAAGGCCAAAAGCAUCGGCGUCAGCAACUACGGCAUCCAGCACAUUGAGGAGAUGAAGCAGUUUGCGCAGGUCUGGCCACCACACGUCAACCAGAUUGAGCUCCAUCCAUGGGCGCAGCAACGCGAAAUUGUUGACUACUGCCAGAAGAACGGCAUCGUGAUUGAGGCGUACUGCCCCAUCGUGCGCAACACCAAAGCCGAGGAUCCUACACUGGUCAAGAUUUCGGAAAAGCACAAUGUGUCCCCGAACCAAGUCUUGAUACGAUGGUCUUUGCAAAAGGGCUUCGUGCCGUUGCCCAAGAGCGACAAUGCUGGUCGCAUUCAGCAAAAUGCAGAUGUGUUUAGCUUCGCUCUGGAUCAGAACGACAUGAGCGCCCUGGACAGCCUCGAUCAGGGGCGCAAGGGAGCUGUCGUCAUGACGGUGGACAACUGA